UCCGACGCAUGCUCCUGUAUUCACGGUGGACGCUUAUAAUUUCAACCAUCUUCAUUAUCGUAACGGUACAUCGAAGACCAACCAAAACAAGAAAGAGAAAACGUCAUUGGGUUUUUGCUUCAUGCUCGUUACCCCCAGAGGUCGAAACGAAGUGCUAUAUAGCAACUUGUAUGAUGGAUCAUGAGACAAAGGAAUAUGGCAGAUACAACAUUUCAAAUUCAUCUGCCAGCAGUGAUGUUUUUGAACCUACAUCAGUAAAUGAUGCUAAGCUGCGAACAGCUGUGAUAGAAUGGUUGAAUAGCACGCUUCCCAAUCUGAAUCUUCCUGUCAAUGCUUCGGACGAGGAGUUGAGAAAUUUUUUAGCUGAUGGUACUAUCUUGUGUCGACUUGUGAACAAACUUAGACCAGGAUCUGCUAUUGAGUACGGUAAUCCUCAUCACUCUUCAGAGGCAAAGUCAGAAAAUGUUAAGAAGUUCCUUGCAGCUAUGGAUGACAUGAGACUACCCCAUUUUAAUAUAUCAGAGCUAGAGAAGGGAUCCAUGAAAAUAGUAUCGGAAUGCCUUUUAACACUUAAAGCACAUUUCAUGCCAAAGAUUGGGUUAGGUAGUCCUACUUCUUCUUCACCAAACAAUUGGGGAAGUGACGCCGUGAGAUGGAGGCAGUUAGACGAACAAUGUGGAACUAGUGAUGGUUCCCAAGAAGAAAUGUCUCCUCGAAAAUUUCAGCGCACUCUACGCAGCCCUAUGAUGUCUGAGCCUACGAAUGCGUUGAUGCAUCAUGCUGGACAUAAAUUUCAUGAAGUGUUUCAGAUGAAACAUGGAGGCUAUUCAGAUCUUCCUGCAUCAAAAAUCUCAGAAUUGAUGAAAUCAAACAGUUUGGAUAUUGCCCCGACACAGUCGCUUCUAAGCAUGGUAAAUGGGAUUCUAGACGAAAGCAUCAGUAGGAAGAAUGGUGAAAUACCUCAUCGGGUUGCUUGCCUCAUGAGGAAAGUCGUACAGGAGAUUGAACGGCGUAUUUCUACUCAAGCUGAACAUCUACGAACUCAAAACAAUCUUUUUAAAACUCGUGAGGAGAAAUACCAGUCAAGGAUUAGAGUCCUUGAAGCCCUUGCAAACGGGACUGAUGGAGAAUCAAAGGUGGGAAUCAAUCACUUUGACCACAUGAAGAUGAUGAUGAGCCCGUUUGACCAAAUAAAGGUUGACGUUAUGAGAACAAGAAAUAGCCAAAAGGGCCUAGUUUUACAGACAGAGAACACGAAUUCCCAUGAGGAGAAGCAAAAUGAGGAGCAGGAUGUGGAGAGAAUAAUGGAAGAGAAGGAUAGCAAAAGUGCUGAAAUUGCAGCUUUGAAACAAGAACUGGAGAAAGCCAGGAAAAAACAUGAAGAGCACUGCUUGCAAAUAGAAGCAGCUGGUAGAAAAGCUCAAGUAGGUCUUGAGGAAAAGUUGAGGGAAGUUGAAAGUCUUUUGAAUAAGUCAAAGAUGAAGGUGCAAGAGCUUGAGGCUAAUUCUCAGUCUAAAAUGCAUUGGUGGAACAAGAAGGAGCACAUUUACAAAACAUUUACAGAAUUUCAACUUGGUGCACUGAAGGAACUAAGAUUUGCUUCUCAAUCAGUCCGCCAGGAAUUUCUAAAAUCUCAGAAGACCUACUCAGAGGAUUUUGAUCGCUUAGGGACAAAGGUUAAAGUUUUGCAAGAUGCAGCAGAAAGCUAUCAAGUAGCCAUUUCUGAAAAUCGGAAACUACACAAUGAAAUUCAAGAAUUAAAAGGAAAUAUCAGGGUUUACUGUCGGAUAAGACCAUUUCUUCCUGGUCAAAAGGAUAAACAAACAACCGUUGAUUAUAUUGGUGAAAAUGGGGAGAUAAUUAUUGUUAAUCCCUCCAAACCAGGGAAAGAAAGUCGAAGGUCAUUCAAGUUCAAUAAGGUCUAUGGUCCACGUGCUACUCAAGCUGAGGUAUAUGGAGAUAUACAGCAACUGAUACGAUCUGUAUUAGAUGGAUACAAUGUGUGUAUAUUUGCAUAUGGUCAAACUGGAGCUGGAAAAACCUAUACAAUGAGUGGCCCAGAUAAUGGUUCUGAAGAAGAUUGGGGAGUCAAUUAUCGUGCUCUAAAUGAUCUUUUCAAAAUUUCCCAAAGUAGAAAAAGCACUUGCAACUAUGAAGUGGGGGUUCAAAUGGUUGAAAUAUAUAAUGAACAAGUCAGAGACUUGCUAGCAAAUGAUACAUCUCAAAAAAAACUUGGGAUUUUAGUCUCUGCACAAAACAGUGGUUUAGCUGUUCCGGAUGCUAACAUGCGUCAGGUCAAUGAGCCAUCUGAUGUUAUGGGAGUAAUGGAAAUUGGAUUUAAAAACAGAGCUAGAAGUACUACUGCCAUGAACGAAAGAAGCAGCAGAUCCCACAGUGUUGUAACCAUCCAUGUUCAUGGAACGGAACUGCAGACAGGUGUCUCUUUACAUGGUAGUCUUCAUCUGGUAGAUCUUGCAGGAAGCGAAAGAAUAGACCGCUCUGAGGUGAUUGGGGACAGGCUUAAGGAAGCACAACAUAUAAACAAAUCCCUAGCUGCCCUUGGAGAUGUCUUCUUCUCCUUGUCUCAGAAAAGCGUUCAUGUUCCGUUCAGAAACAGCAAGCUUACUCAGGUCCUUCAAAGCUCUUUAGGUGGUCAAGCAAAGACCCUUAUGUUUGUGCAGUUGAAUCCGGAAGCUGCCUCAUAUGUUGAAAGUUUGAGUACCUUAAAGUUUGCUGAAAGGGUCUCUGGAGUGGAGUUGGGUCCCGCUCGGAGUAGCAAAGAGGGUAGUAAUAUCAAGCAGUUGAUGGAACAGGUGGCUUCCCUAAAAGAGACGAUUGCAAAAAAGGACGAGGAGAUUGAGCGCCAACAGCUGCUUAAAGAUAAGAAAAAUGCUCUUCCAACUGUUCCUGGUGAGAGACGUUCAUCGAGGUAUGGGUCUUCUUCCCCAUCUCCCAUAGCAGGAGCUUCUCCUUCUCCACGCAACAACGUAAGAUCCACUGCUCAUGGAAACCCACCAGACAAUAGGCGUAGGUCUUUCGAUGGCUUCAGACAAUCCUUUCGGCAAUCAAGUCAUGCCGAAGACACGGAUAGCUCUGUUGAUGGCAGCCCAUCUCGUGAAGGUUCAAGAGCUUCCCACAACUCAAACAAGACAAAAUCAGGUGGUAAAAUUUCUCGCCCAUUGUCAAAAAUAUCCAAGGAACUUCCUAAAGCUGCAAAAGGCAUGUUUAAGUCUUCAAGUGGUAACAGUUUGACUGGCAAAAGUCCUUCCAAGAGAUGGUCAUAGUUAUUCAACUGUUCAUACUUGAUUAUACACAUCCCUCCCUUCCUUAAAACUUUAGCUUUUUUUAUUUAUGGUUUUGAG